CUGUCACCUGAGAACAGUCUCUGUGGACCACAUCACCAUGGCACCACCUUCACUUGAUACCAGAGGGGACUUGUUGUCUCACAGAGGAGCCAUUCAGAAGGUGAAAUGCAUGAAGACUAAAUCAGAGAUGAACUGGCCCUCAAUGUAGGGAAGCAGAUAAGAAACUUUUCGCUUUGUGGUUGUGAAAAAUGUCUUUGGGUCACAACAGUCUCUUUUCAUUUCUAGACUCAAGUGUGUGUCUUAAAAAUUACAAUCAGCUGAAUGGGAGGAAGUGGCAGAAAGAAAGGUGUCCAAACAUGAAUGUACAAAAACACUGCUGCAACACAAGGUACUGUGUAUUGCCUUGCGUGAGACUUACAGGUUUGUUCCCGUCAUCCUCAUUUAUGAUACUGACUGCGCUCACCAUGCUUUUUCUCAAAGCAAAUGUGACAGCAGCAAUGAAAGUGACCUCAAGUGGGCCACAAACUUUGAAGAUGGCUCAAGGGGAACCGGUUACACUAGACUGCACCUACUCAUCAAGUCAAGCAGACAUAGGCGAGCUUGACAUUGAGUGGUCAAUUGUCAGCCCAGACACCACAAAAAAAGACCAGAUGAUCAUAUCAUACACAGGUGGAAGGAGAUAUACCCAUGGUGACCCUGAUUUAAUGAAAGGUGUGGACUUCACAGCUAUAGACCCUUCCCAGGGAGAUGCAUCUCUAUCGAUCGCCUCACUGACGGCCAGUCACGAUGGAACGUAUCAGUGCAAAGUCAAAAAGACACCUGGGGUGGACAGCCGGAAAAUAUCACUGAUUGUGAUGGUGAGGCCGUCUGUGCCGAAGUGUUGGGUUGAUGGCGUUGAAGCCGUGGGUGAGCCAGCAUCUCUCCGCUGCAGAUCAGAUCAAGGCUCUGCUCCUCUGCUGUAUUCAUGGAGGAGAGAGAGCGGAGGUUCCAUUCCUCCAGAUGCCAUUCAGAACUCCCUCACAGGAGAACUUCUAAUCAGUAACCACUCCGUAAGCCACUCUGGUGUCUAUUCCUGUGAAGUUUCCAAUGCUGUUGGUAAAGAGAGCUGUCGGCUUAACCUUCAAGCUUUGAAGCCUCCUAACAGGGCAGGGGUCAUUACAGGAACCGUUGUUGGAUGUUUACUGCUAAUCAUGAUCAUUCUGAUCAUUAUAUGGCUUCUCAUCUUCAGAUGUAACUGGAAUCGACAUGAGAAAGAGUUCUCCAAUGACAUUAGAGAGGACGUUCCAGCUCCUGAGAGUCGCCCUACCAGCCGGAUCUCCAGCUUCCGUUCAGGUGUGGCCUAUAGCCAGGUGGGCCAAACCCAAAAUGAGCAUCCGCUCUCAACUAACACCAGCUACAGCACUGCAAAGUAUGACAGCAAGUUUGGCUAUGCCGUAUGAGAUUCUAGGUAGUCAUAUUUGUAUUAUACUGAAAAUUGUCAUUAGUUUGCAGUUACUAAAUGAAUGAACUUUUAGUGGAUUUGAUCAUGUUACAAUUUACAAAAUGGAAUCAACAUGCUGUCUUGUAAUUGUGUAACAUUCAAUGUAAUUAUACAUUAGAUGUAAUAUGAGAGAAGGAUACAUUACAUGUCUCAGAAUAAUGAUGCACAAGCAGGUCUAGAUCAUAUAAGAUUGUGAUGGUAUUGGUAGAACUCUUACCAAGACCUUAAUCCAAUAUUUGAAUGUGAAGAGCUUCCAAUAUUGAUGUGUUUUGUCAAGAUUUUGUACAUAAAUAUAUGUAUGCUUUUUCUGAGAUUUGGAUGUUGAUGGUUAUGAUCGAACAAGCCAUUUAAAUUCAAUGACAAAAAUAAAUCACAAACAAUAAUUUGAUGUAUAGAAUUAGAACUUUCUUUAUUCUAAAGUAUUUUUAUUUGAUAAAAUGUGUUGUUUUGCUGUUGUUUUGUCUCUAUUUUUGCCCAAAAGAUAUUACUAAAAUGUAUUAGAUUUUUUUUUAUCUUUGUUUUUGCCCAUAAAGAAUAA